CGCAAAGCCAAUCAGAGAAGCCCUCUUUCGACGAGGUUUCCAUAUCGCUUUAUCAUCGUGCGAAUACGCGAGAGAAGGAGAAUAGCCCCCAUAUCUCUCUCUCUACAGAAGCCGCGUCGCCGCCGCCGCCUCUCCAUCCCUCCUAAUAUAUAUACACAUAUAUCUCUAUCUUCGCUGCGGUAAGGCGUUUUUCGAUCUCAAUCGCGUUCGAUAGAGAAACUUUUCGACUUCAGACUCCUAGGGUUUCUGUUUCUGCGAUUUCUGUAGUUUGCGAUUCCGAAAAAGCAAAAAAAAAAAAAAAAAAAGUUCGAUUUGUUGCUGCUUUUGAAUUUGAUUGUGGUUUCUGAUUUUAUUGGUUCGAUUUGUUGGGUCGAUUUAGGGUUUGGUCGGUAGGAGAUUGAAUUGACUUUUUUUUGGGGGGGAUUUUAGGGUUAGGGUUUUUGGUUUUGAGGUUGAAUUUAGGGUUUUGUUUGCGUUAACUUCCGUAUGGCUGCUGGAAGGCACGGAGGUUACAGAGAUAAUGAGUUCAGGAGCCGGGAGUCAGAUUUGGAUGUGCCCAGGAGGGAAUUUGGGUAUUCCAAGAGGGAUUAUGAUCGAAUCAGGGAUGGGAAUCAGGAUUAUGAGAGGGUUCGAGUUCGUGACAGGAAUAGCCGUGAUAGGGGUAGGGUCAGACAGAAGGAGGUAAAAGAAAGGGAAGUGAUGAAUGGAGAGCGUCGUUCUGUGUCUAGUAGGAGUGACUCUGGCAGUAGCGAAGGUGGAAGCGGUGGGAGUGCUGGUGAAGCUGAGAGAUCUGGGUUUGUAGUCAGGGAUGUUGACCGGGAGCCAGGGGAGCUGUCUAGCGAUAGUGGUUCUGAUGGUGCUGUGGAUACAGAUUCAGAGUUGAAAGAUGUUGUGGCAAAGAAGUUGGUUAAUGGAAAUCAGUCACCUGUCCAGAGUAAGAAGAGGAAAUUCUCUCCUAUCAUUUGGGAUAGAGAUGAUAAGGAAGUGAGUAGAACAGUGAAGACAGUUAGCUUACGAACUACUUCAAGCCUUCCUCCUCAGCCUCCCACGGUAAAGUCCAAUCCCACUCCCACACCUAAACCUCAUCAGGAUAUUGCUGUACAGGAUUCUCCUACGAAGGAGAGCAAGAUUCAGCAUUCUCCUGUUGCUCCUGCUGAGCCAAACAUUACAGUUGGAACUGAUGUUGCAAGUGUUGCAGAAUCCCUGGUUGAUGUAGCUUUGCCCCACAAUGAGGAACGCAGUGGCAGUGAACAGGAGGCUCAGACAUUUCAGGAGGCUCAAGAUGAUGAGUAUUUACCCACUCGAACCAUAAAGUUUUCAAGGUGGGCAACUGAUGCUGAUUCCCCAGCUGAUGAAGGUGAAAUCUCCAAUGAUGAUGAAAUUCCUAAAUCGAAAAAGAGGAAGUCAGCACCUGAGUCCACGGAAUUUAAGGGGAACCGUAAAUCGUUGACCCCAGAACUUGGGGAGCUCAGAAGAGAUGCUGAAGGAACUAGGACAAGAUCAUCAGGAUCUGAUGAGCGAGUUAGGUCUUCCAGUAGAGAUAGUUAUGCUGACAAUGAUGUUGACAACAAUGAUUACAUGGAUGUGGUUAAGGAUCGUAAUUAUGAUGGUACUAGUGCUAGCCAGUCAGAUACAGAUUCUGAAGAUGACCAUGUCUCGUGUGGUACACCAGACCCUGCACCCCCUCAACAAAGAAGUGUAAACAUGCUUCAAGGAUGUAGGAGUGUUGAUGAAUUUGAGAGGCUUAACAAGAUAGAUGAAGGCACCUAUGGGGUAGUCUACCGGGCUAAGGAUAAUAAGACCGGAGAAAUUGUUGCUUUGAAAAAGGUUAAGAUGGAGAAAGAGAGAGAAGGAUUUCCAUUGACUUCUCUAAGGGAGAUAAAUAUUCUUCUUUCAUUUCAUCAUCCCUCUAUAGUAGAUGUUAAGGAAGUAGUUGUUGGCAACAGUCUUGACAGUAUUUUCAUGGUGAUGGAAUAUAUGGAACAUGACCUUAAGGCAUUGAUGGAAUCAAUGAAGCAGCCAUUUAGCCAAAGUGAAGUAAAAUGCCUUAUGCUCCAGCUUUUGGAGGGUAUCAAGUAUCUCCAUGAUAAUUGGGUUCUUCACCGAGAUUUGAAGACUUCAAAUUUGCUUUUAAAUAACCGUGGUGAGUUGAAGAUCUGUGACUUUGGGUUAGCUCGGCAAUAUGGGAGCCCUCUGAAACCAUACACUCAAUUGGUGGUUACUUUGUGGUACAGGGCACCAGAAUUGCUAUUGGGAGCCAAACAAUAUUCAACAGCAAUUGAUAUGUGGUCAUUGGGUUGCAUUAUGGCUGAAUUGUUAUCCAAAGAACCAUUAUUCAAUGGGAAAUCUGAGAUUGAACAACUUGAUAAGAUUUUCAAAAUCCUCGGCACACCCAAUGAAACAAUAUGGCCUGGUUUUUCUAAACUUCCAGGUGUCAAGAUCAACUUUGUGAAGCAUCAGUAUAAUCUAUUGCGCAAGAAGUUUCCAGCCACACCCUUCAACUUUGGGUCACCAAUACUUUCUGAUGCUGGCUUUGACCUGUUGAACAGGCUUCUAACUUAUGAUCCCGAGAAGCGUAUAACUGCUGAUGAGGCUCUCAACCAUGAGUGGUUUCGUGAAGUUCCUCUCCCCAAGUCUAAAGAAUUCAUGCCUACAUUUCCAGCACAGCAUGAUCAGGACAGGCGGGUGCGAAGAGUACACAAGAAGAGUCCAGAUCCCCUUGAGGAGCUGCGUAGAAAGGAGUUGCAGCAAGGUGAAUUUGGAAAUGGUGGUUUGUUUGGUUAAGAAAAUUCAGCAUUGCUCAUUUGUACUGUUAAGAUUUGCUUUCUGCAAUACUCGUCAUUGAUAAGGUUGAGGUGAGAGAGCCAUCUACUGUGAGGAAGUUGCAAACAUUGUUUGUGAGACGAUCACUCGUGCUGUUUUUUAGCAGGCACAUUUUACAAAAUAGGUGGAGGAAGGAUUAUUUUGACACAGUAGUCAGAUGUGUUGCAGGUAGACUUAAACACACGUCUGCCAGACUGCUUGCCUUGCAGGGUGGUAUGCUGAGCCCUUAUACCGAUCGAUUUCGAUUGUGUCUCGUGUAUGUAACAUAUUUCUCAUUUGCAAAUUGUAAACAAUUUCUAUGAUGUUGGUUCUGAAUAGUAGAGCUUAUGGAUUUUAUUGGUGUUACUGUUUAUGGGUUUUCUUGGUAA